AUGGCUAUUGACACUCUCUCCCUUACAGGAAAGAUCGCCAUCGUCACUGGCUCCGGCAGAGAAAAUGGCAUUGGUGCUGGUAUCGCUAUCGUCCUGGCGAAGAACGGAGCAGCUGUUACCAUUCACUACGUUCAUGACUCCACGACACAGCGAGCUCAUGCCGUGGCGGACAAGAUCAAAGCAGACGGAGGCAAAGCCAUUGUGGUUCAAGGAUCGAUCGAAACCCCACAAGGAGCUCAGUACUUGGUCGACGAGACUCUAAAAGGCUUUGAUGUUGAUCAUAUCGAUAUCUUGGUUAACAACGCUGGCGUGGGCAUAUUUGGCGAAACAUUGUCGGCUAACCAAAGUGAUAUAACUCAAGUGUUCGACGUCAACGUCAAAGGACCAAUCUUUGUCGCCCAAGCUGUUGUACCAGUUAUGCCACCAGGCGGUCGAAUUGUCAACAUCAGCUCCAUAGCAUCCAAGUUGGGAGAUGAUAGUGUUCCCAUCUACGGUGCUUCCAAAGCAGCCAUUGAUAGUCUCACAUGGUCAUGGGCCAAAGAAUGGGGUCGAAGCAAGAAGAUCACGGUCAACUCUGUCGCUCCAGGGCCAGUCACUACCGACUCCAACCCGUACGAGGAAUUCCAGAAGCCUUCUAUUGACAUCACGAGAGCUGCUGACAGGGCUGGUACACCGGAGGAUAUUGCUGAUGCUGUGCUUCUGCUGGUCUCUGAGAAAGCACGAUGGAUUACAGGACAACCUUCACCCCGGAAAAACAUGGCAUACAGCUCGUUCUCAUAUCGCCGGCGGGUCAUACAAGCAUGCGUUAACUGCCGUAUGCGCAAGACGCGUUGCGAUGCCGCUGAGCCUAAAUGUGGGCUUUGCACCACGCAGAACGUCGAUUGUGUGUAUCGCGAUGCAAGACAACCAAAGAUCGAUUAUAAUACCCAAGUUCUCCUAGAGCGAAUACAGCUUCUUGAAGACCGUGUCCUUUCCAACUCGUCUUCGUCAUCCCGACAGAACCUACAGGAAUCUCGGGGCUCGGGUACAGAACAGCCAACCUUGGUCGAACAAGUCGAACGACAGUCAGACACCUUGCAUGGAGGAAAUACCGUGCCUCAAGAACCCGUGUUUGAAGUUCAGAUACCUUUGUCACAUACGGCAAACGCCAAUCAUGUUUUCUCGUGGCGUCUCGUGCAAGAUCUUCUAUCAGAGACGAGCAAAGACGGCCAUGACAUCCAAGCCCACUGUGAUGCAACAGAUGUCUUUUUCCAUCAUCGUCCCAACAAUUCUCACCCUUCAACAAGAUCACAUCCCCCUAGCUCAUGGAAUCUUUUCGACAGGACUACAGAAUUAUUCCACAAUUCGUUGGAUGAUAUAGUAUUGCGGCUUCGUGGGCUAAUUCACCUUUACUUUACAGACGUCAACAUUUUCUUUCCGCUCUUACUGAAAAGCGACAUGAUCGAGAUUUUUGAUGCUGUGGCGGGAAGAGAGGCCUACGGUGAUGAACGGAUCAAUGUUGUUGAGAUGCCUCAGUACGGACUGCUUCUCGUCGUUCUUUGCCUCGCUCUACUGAGUUCUAGUGGUCGAUCGAAUAUUCGCCUGUACGGGAAAGGUGAAAACUACCGGCCUUCAUCGGAUUCCGAUGACACUGUCGAAACGCAAACCCGACUCAUGUACCAUCUGUGGGACAAAGCGAGACUUGUGUUGGGAUACAUCUCCACUGACAUGUCAAUCGCCGCUGCGCAAAGCAGCAUGCUUUCAAGCAUAUUCAUGGGUGCUUGUGGUAAAGUAGCAGAAUCCUUUCACUGGGCACAUGCAACUGCUGUCAAGUGUGAGAGCAUGGCUCGAUCAUACGCAAAGAAUGAACCCAUCCCGGACUCGUUUCGGCGGCUGUAUUGGAUCUCCUUCAUCUAUGAGUGUGAUUUCAUAUCCGAAAUAUCAGUCCUCUCGCCUUCUGGUAUAGCAAGAUCAGAGAACAAAAUCCCAUAUCCAGCUUUCACAACAGAGAAUUACGCUGUCUCACCUUCAGCACCAGAGUCGUCUGAAAUGGCUUCAACCCGAAGUCAGGAAGAACUGGUGGCUUUCCAAAUAACAACAAACUCUGCCAUCCGACGCUUCCUAAACACAGUCAACAGCGUGGUCUAUGACGACAAAGAGCAGUUCAGGACAAGACAAUCGAAUUACGCGUGUUGGCUUCUCAGGAUCUCGGAAGAUCUAUGGUCACAUCAUUCGGCCAUUUAUCGAAAUCUGCCUGAGUUCCUCUUAACCAAUUCCUCACAAGACGUUUCUAUGGCAGGAACUGAUUCAGAUUCUCCUGCAAGUUUCCAGUCCCCAACUGCGCGUAUCCGAGAUCUACCGACUGGAAACAACUCGUGGAAUAUUCUACGACUCAAGGGAAGAUAUUACGCAGGACAGUACAUCAUUCACCGACCAUUUAUCGAGUUCAUCGUUCUAAACAUCGAUAAUUUCGAGACGCACCCUUCUAAAGACGCCGUCCUCAAGAAGUCUAAAUCUUGUCUGGAUGGGUGUAUGGGCUUCAUAAAAGUAUUCGAUGUGGAAACAGUCAAUGCCUUGACUUGUUUAUUUCCAACUGGCAUGGUAACAUUUACCAUGACUAUCAUCCUAAUGAUAUCGACAAUAAUACCGGUUUUACAUGAGCUACUACCUAUAGACGUGGAGGAAGUCAUUGAGACCGGAAAGAGGAAUCUCCUGCGAUUCAGCCAAAGCGUGACACAGUUCGAAUGGCACAUUCAGGUGUUGGAGAACCUUGAAACAGCUCGACGAGCUAGAAUAGCAAGACGUGGCACAUGA